AUGUGGGAUGUCUACUUUGACGAAACGCCACCUGAACAAUACCUUUUCGAGAAACGAUGUCUAAUGUCAUGUCUGAUUGUUGUCGAAAAAUUUGAUUUGAGGUUUGUUCAUAAAGCCAAAGGACUUGAACUCAGCCAUUCUGAAUGCGCAAAAGUUCCUACGCCUGCAAAAGCUGUACAUGAUAAUUCAAAAUGUUUACGAACGUUGAAAGGCGUUCUUGAUAAUUUGUUGAAAGAAGAUUUAUCAGAUGAUGAAGUUCAGAAUUCAAAAAUAUUAGGAAUUCAGUUUGCUGAAGACAUGUCCAUGUUCAAUACAACUGGUUUGUAUAAUUAA